AUGGAGGGUGGGAAAUGGGCAAAAGAUCAAUAUAUGGGUCAAAGGUGGUUGUCAACACCAUCUUCAUUCUGUGUACAAACUCCCAAUCCUUCUCUGAAUUCUUGUACAAAGGUUAAAGAUCUUAUACAUGAGAAGAGGAAGGAAUGGAAUGAAGGCAUCUAUAGUGUCAAGACUGCUUACUAUCUGAAGGAAUUGAGGAAAAUAGAUUUAUUGGGGGAAUCUUCAGAGCAGAAUGGACAGGAAAAGAAUUGGAAAAGGAUUUGGAAAUUGAAAAUUCCUGUUAUAACAAAAAAUUUUCUAUGGAAGGCAGGGAAUAACCUUUUAGCUACUAGGAAAAAUUUGUUGUCCAAGAGGAUUGUUGAAGAUGCUUGGUGCCCUAUUUGUUUACAAGAGGAAGAAACAGUUAUGCAUGUGCUAUGGCAAUGCCAUGCUACGAAUGAUGUAUGGUCAGAGGCUAUUAAGGCAGUUCAAAAAUGGAGAGUAGGAGAAGGGGAUCUACUUGGGUUAUUGGAAGAGCUGGUAAAGAAACUUACACAGGCUAAGAUGGAGGAAACUAUUGCAAUAAUGAGAGGGUUGUGGCUUAGGAGGAACACCUUUGUGUUUGAAAAUAAAUUAUUAAGCCAUAACAAUGUUAUUAGAGCAGCAAUAGAUAGUUUGGAAGAGUAUCAGACAACUAAUGUGCAGAUGACAGAAAACAGAAGUAGAGCGGAAGGGUUGGAUCAGAAAUGGAAACCACCAAAUGUGAAUUGCCUUAAGGCCAAUUGGGAUGCAGCUUUAGAUGUGAAGUUAAGGAGGGUGGGAUUAGGGGUGAUAAUCAGGAAUAAUAAGGGGGAGGUGAUGGCAACUGGUUGUGAUUCGAAAAGUUAUGUGGAACAACCUGCUAUAGCCGAAGGAUGGGCACUGAGCAAAGCCAUGGAACUAUGCAAGGAUCUAAGUUUUAACAGAGUAAUUCUGGAAGGGGAUGCUUAG